UUGAAGCCAUGGCCAUUCUUUUUGCUGUUGUUGCCAGGGGAACCACUAUCCUUGCCAAACACGCUUGGUGUGGAGGAAAUUUCCUGGAAGUGACAGAGCAGAUUCUGGCUAAGAUACCAUCUGAAAAUAACAAGCUAACUUACUCCCAUGGCAGCUAUUUGUUUCAUUACAUCUGCCAAGACAGGAUUGUUUAUCUUUGUAUCACUGAUGAUGAUUUUGAACGUUCCCGGGCAUUUAAUUUUUUAAAUGAGAUAAAGAAGAGGUUCCAGACUACAUAUGGUUCAAGAGCACAGACUGCACUUCCUUAUGCCAUGAACAGCGAGUUCUCAAGUGUCUUGGCCGCACAGCUGAAACAUCACUCUGAGAAUAAGGGCCUAGACAAAGUGGUGGAGACACAGGCCCAAGUGGAUGAACUGAAAGGAAUCAUGGUCAGAAACAUAGAUCUGGUAGCUCAGCGAGGAGAAAGAUUGGAAUUAUUGAUAGAUAAGACAGAAAAUCUUGUGGAUUCGUCUGUCACCUUUAAAACGACCAGCAGGAAUCUGGCCCGAGCCAUGUGUAUGAAGAAUCUCAAGCUCACUGUCAUCAUCAUCAUCGUAUCAAUCGUGUUCAUCUAUAUCAUUGUGUCACCUCUCUGUGGUGGAUUUACAUGGCCAAGCUGUGUGAAGAAAUAAACAAGAAAAAGUUAUCAUUAACCAAGGACAUCAGAGAACAAGGAGUUCAAAGCAAUCCAUGUGACUCAAGCCUUUUAAUACUGCCAGAUGAUAUCUGUCAGUCUCAGCAACCCUCUUCUUUCUCUUUUGUUAUCUUGUUCUAGGCCGCCAAUUUCUCUCUGUCCUAUCAACCAAUCUAUUCCAGUGCACUUCAGAUUGAACCAUUCAUUGUAGUAGUUGCCUGAAAAAGGCAUUUUGUCUUUCGAUUUGUUGUUAGUGUCCUUUACUUCAGGAAACCUUUCUGUGGUCGCACACAACUACCACCAAGAUAGAAGCCACCAGUCCUAUGAGCUGUCUACUGACACGAUAGAGGAAAUUUAUAUGUGCGCACAAAAGUAUUCAAGAGAUAGCUAGUAUUGCUAAAGCCUCAUCUUAAUGUCUUUUAUUAUUGAAGAGUCUUAGGUGCUUUAAAACAAUGUAAAUGUAGAACUGUAAUAAACUGCUGGUGCUGCUUGCUUCUCGGAGCCCAGGCAGGUCGAGUAUUGAACGUCUCUGGCAGACGGGGCACAUUUUGCCGGCCCAUUAGGAAGAGGCGCACAAGUUCUUUGUCCUCCCACUGUUCACUUUCAGGAAUAAAGUUGUGACUUCUCCCCAGCUUCACAUUGCUUGAUAUCCGUUUUUCCCGUUGCCGUGGAAUUGAGCAGAUGACAGCUUACAUGUUGCUUAAGGUGGUUGUUUUUCUAUUCAUUUUGCUUCAGUGGCUACUUAGGGCAAUCAUAUUGUUAAUGGAAUGAAUAGUGGAGGGAGUGAGGAGGCGAAUCCUCGGGCUCACCAAAGAUAACGAAGAGAAUCCCAGCAGAUACGUGUUACUGUCAUAACUGUAUGCAGAACUGUGGUGUGGGGAAUUUUCCCAGUCUUGGAAAAUCCAAACUGGAAUGUAGUCAAGCGUCAACUCUAGGGUUUGGGCUUGAGAACAAUAGUUUGAGCAUCCUUUGUGGUUUAAGAAGUUCUUUGGAUCUGCCCAGUUUUGAAGAAACCUUUUAUGUAACUUGAGGAUGGACAGUUGAGCUGCGUGUAAUCAUGCUUCAGCUACUCCUAACACUCGCAAGUACGUACUUGGGGCACAUUUCUAAAAGGAAGACAUUUGCUGCCCGCGUCCAAAUUGCAUUUAUUUAUCAAUAAGUGCCAGUAAAUGGAAAUCAUCCUUCAGUUGACUAUAUUCCUAGUUAAAGAACAGUUUGCCUACGAAACCUACCCACCUGUUUUGCCUAGUCAUGUGCCUUGAAUAUAUCUGUGUCACAUAAUCUGGCCCUGCUACCUGGUUCAUUUAUUUGACACAUUUCAGCCCCAUUGGAACUCUCUUGCUGCCGAUCAUAGCACAAAUGUCCCCCCCCCAUCAACACUAAUGCCUUUUAAUUACAUCAACAUUUCCUACUGGAAAGAUGCUUGUUCCCAGAAAACAUUUGGCAGCCUGGAGUAGUGAUUUCCAAAUGUCUUUAAUCCAAAGAAAAUGACUUAAAAGAUUAUUUCCCUUUCUUAUACACACCUGAAUAAAAUUGAUGUGCAUGUUUUAGGGAUCAAGUACUUACCUGUCCCUUGGUAUAUUUAUGUAUAAGAAUGCUUUUUAAAGCACAUGUCUUGUUUUAAAUGACUUAAAAAUGAAAGCAUUAAUAAAAUUUAAGAGUAAUACAAUGUGUCGCUUGUUUUAGAAGUUCUUCCUGGAAUUUAAUUUUUCCUGAUGAAUUUUACCAUAGUUAACAGAACAACAUGGUUACAGUUCACAACAAAUAUGAAAAC